AUGGAUUCCGCAUUACCGCAGAAGUCGUCGGCAAACCUCUUCCAGGUAUAUCUGCGCUUGAGACCGCCCCCGGCUGGCGCAGCUUCGUCCGACAGAUUCGUCGAUGUCGAAGAGUCCCACGAGGGCUCGCAUCCAACCCAUAUUACACUGAACCCUCCCAACGACCGCAAGCGAUCGACAGAAAAGUUUGCCUUCACCAGAGUCUUCGAAGAAGAGGCCUCUCAGCUCGAUGUUUUCCACUGCACAGGAGUCGCCUCACUUGUUGAGGGUGUCCUGGCUCCUCAUGGUGGACAUGGUACCGAUGCUCUGAUCGCUACUCUGGGCGUCACUGGAUCAGGAAAGUCGCACACUAUUCUUGGCUCACGCUCAACACGAGGCAUGACACAACUUGCGCUCGACGUCGUCUUCAGAUCAAUUGGCUCCAACAUGUACGACUCGCCGACUUUGGAGAGCUCUCUCCAGUCCUCAGAUGCCUCGGAUGCCACCAUUAUAUCCGCACCGUGUUUCCUCGAGACCGUCUUCGCAGACUUUGGCUCAUCCCGCGGGGGAGGUUCGAGGGCGGGAACACCGAUGCUUGUAGGACCCCCUGUUCAUUUCGUCGAAUUUCCCUUUCAGCCUUUCGCACACAACGAGAGGCAAAAGCGAUUCCAGCAGCCAGUCGAGUUGACAGGCGUGCGUCUUGUGCCGCCGACACCAGACCAUCCAAGGGGCAAGCCUCGCGAUCGCUUUUCCACGCCAGUGCGGGAAGAUUUCAAGAUUCAUGAAGACGUCGCUGAAAAGCACUUCAUGGCUGUGACUACAGCAUCCAAAGUAAAGAACACAGCUAAACAACUAGUGAAGGGUGAACACGGUCCUCCUCCAACCCCUCGACGCGCCCUGCAGCGACCCUCAGCUCUUCCCUCAGCUCCUGACAUUAGCUCCGUCAACGUGUCUUCGGACCCCGAUUCAGACUAUGCCGUUGUUUUGUCCAUGUACGAGGUCUAUAAUGACAAAAUUUACGAUCUUCUAACCCCGCCCAUCAAAUCCAACGCUACAAAAGAGUACCGGCGUCGGCCUCUACUCUUCAAAUCAACCGAGCAGUCCUCCGAUAGGAAGGUUGUGGCUGGACUGAAGAAGAUUGCGUGUACGACCAUGAGAGAAGCUAUCAUGGUAUUGGAGGCAGGUUUACAUGAGCGUCAGGUUGCUGGAACUGGCAGCAAUAGUGUCUCCUCACGCAGCCACGGGUUCUUCUGUGUUGAGGUGAAGAAAAGAUCCAGAGCAGGGCGCUACCGAUCUUGGACCGGCAAUACUCUGACUAUUGUUGACUUGGCUGGCUCCGAGCGUGCCCGAGAUGCCAAGACGCAAGGCGCAACUCUCGCCGAAGCCGGCAAGAUCAACGAGAGUUUGAUGUAUCUCGGUCAGUGUCUCCAGGCACAAAGCGGUAUGGGCAACAGCAGCAAGCCUACUGUCAUGCCAUUCCGGCAAUGCAAGAUGACUGAGCUUCUAUUCUCAAACUCCUUCUCGGCGUCGUCUUCAUCAUCUGCGGGUGUUGUGCCUCGUCGGAAUGCCCAGCGAGGCAUUAUGAUCGUCACUGCCGAUGCACACGGCGACGCGAAUGCGACCUCGCAGAUUCUCAGAUAUAGCGCCCUCGCUAGGGAAGUAACGAUUCCUCGGAUUCCCAGCAUUACAUCGACUAUUCUGGCCGAUACACCCUCAUCAGCGCACCCGCCGUCAGGAAUGAGAUCCCCUGAUUUGCCUCCACAGCGCCGAGGAUACUUUGGCCAUGGAUCGUCUGGCCAUCGCAACUUCUCUCCAAAUUCAGAUAACGGAGACAGAGUGCUCAUGGAGCAUGCGGCGCUGGAAAUUGCUCGUAUGCAGGAAGAGAUAACCAACCUUCACGUCGAGCUAGACGACGAACGCGAGAUGAGAGUUACCGCUGAAGCACAUCUGCUCAGCAUGGAAGACAGACUGCUGGAGCUAGAGCAGACAGUACGUGAGGAUUGCAUGGCUGAGUUUGACGCUCGCUUCGAGUUAGAGCUGGCCCGCUGGAAAGCAACUCUUGCUGCAGAGCAAGAGAAGGGCGAGGAGCACUGGGAUCGUAAGAUGGAGCUUUUCGAAAAGGGGCUUGGCCUAACAAUCGACGACGAGGCCGGCGAGGACAAAGAGAAUUUACUCGUCGAGGACCUUGAAGACGAGAACGAAAGACUUCGACGCGAGAACGAGAUCCUGAAGCGGGAGCUCGCGCAAAGAAGCCCGAGCAAGCGGAAGCCGCUCCAAGAACGCGAAGACUUUGGUGUCCGCAAAGGCGGCGCCACUGGUGUGAGCAACCUCGGUCGCAAGAUGGAGCAACUACGCGUUAGCAACGAAAGUACUGGUGGCAGCUCGGGGAGUCCCAAGAAGAUGCGGAAGCUCGCGACGAAGCGAUGGGAGACGGUUGCCGACGAUGAAUUCUGA